AUGGAUGAUUAUCUUCUCAGCCAUCGCGUGAUUGAAAGCCAUGCCCACUUGAGAAAACGGGAAAUGGUCUUGAGCCUCUUACGUCUAUUGAUCCCUCGUCUAAGCGAAGAGAUUGCCUGGGAACACAACAUCAAAGCCGACGAGAUCGAUUGUCAGAUUAUGCCCUUUGGAUCGUAUGGGUUGGGUGCUCACUUGGCCGACAGUGAUAUGGAUCUUGUAUUCCUGGGUGCUGCUCAUGUGCGACGACGCGACUUUUUCCUUUUCUUUCCCGACCUUUUAAAGGAUCAAGCUACUAUUGAAGAUGUCGAGGUGGUAGCAGAUGCCAAAGUGCCUAUUAUUCGAUGUACAGUGGAUAGCAUACCGGUCGAUAUUUCUUUUGUUCGAUUGAAGAUCGCAGCAAUACCACAUGACAUCAAUCUUUUGGAUAACGCGCUCUUGGAAGGACUUGAUGAAGGAUGCUUACGAUCAUUGGAUGGACCUCGUACGAUGCAAUUCAUUAUGCAACAAGUGCGAGACACGGAUAUACCCACAUUUCGACUUGCGAUCCAGGCAGUAAAAUAUUGGGCAAGGCAACGAGAUAUCUACGACAAGCAGAUGGGCUAUUUGAAUGGAAUGGCGUGGACCUUACUACUGCUCAAGACAUAUAUGACCUAUCAACAACAAUCUCCAGGAGCUUCAGUGACAGUGAUGGAGUUAUUACUCUCAUUUUUCAACAUGUGGGCCAACUGGCCUUGGACAGCUCCCGUCAUUUUGACCGACUUGAUACCUAGCUACAGCGGGACACGCAUUGAAUACCGCUCUUUGACGCAAUUCGAGAAUGCAGUGAUGCCGAUUGUUACUCCAUGUUACCCUGUAAAGAAUGCUGCACCAGCAGUUACAAAGUCUACCCUCAAAGCAUUAUCCAACGAAUUGAUUCGAGCCCAUUUGGUGCUAUCCUCCCAGCAAAGCCAAGACAAGAUGCUACCCAAACUCUUCAAGCCAUUGAACCUCUUGACAGGCUAUAAGCACUUUAUCAAGAUUAUCGUGAAUGCCGAUACUUGUUCCACACAUGAGAGCUGGCUUAUCAAAAUGCCAUCUCUUAUACCACGAUUCACUGAAUGCCUUGAAUCGACACCUGAGCUGCGUGAGAUUCGACCUUACAGCAAAAUACUGGUCCGAUCACCCAUCCACUAUAAUACCAGAGAGCAAAAAUUGGCCAUCCAGCAUUGUGAGCCAUCAAAGGAGCUGCCGGAUGACAAGGUCUCCAAACUUGAACCUGGAUUGUUACACCGUUCAUGCUACCUGAUAUGCUUGAAAGUUGUCUCUGCUGGUCCGGAUGAGCGAUAUACCUUGGAUCUUUCUUCGCAAAUCACUCAAUUCAGACGUGUCAUUGAUUCACAACGAGGAGGCAAAAAAGAAAGUGAUCUCGUGGUAAACAUUAUCAGUGGGAAACGAAAGGACGUUGCACAAUUGCUCCAUGAACAUGCACUCUAA